AUGAAGUUGUCGUCCUCAAUCUUUUCGAUCCUAUCUUUGACAGCUCAGUUCACUUCAGCGGAACUGAAAUGUCGUCCCGAAGGGCCUGUCCUCCCCAGUCCAACGGCCCUCAACAAGUCUCCAAUCUUCCAAGCAGCCACCACCAACCUAACCGAUACUCUCAACGCAGCUCUCUCUGGCUCAAUCACCGCAGGGUGGCCCAUCGAGAAUGUAUCAUUCUCACUUGCAGUCGUAAGCGCAGAUCAAGAUGACCCUGGUGUGCCGAUAUGGGAGUACCAUCACCUUGCAGCCGCCAACACAGAGGGCACAAGGGAGCUCGAUAGAGAUUCUCAGUAUCUCAUCGGAUCUAUAACAAAGGUCUUUACGGAUUAUCUACUCUUCAAGAGCGGGAUAGAUCUUGAUGCGCCCGUCACGGAGUAUCUUCCGGGGCUUGAUGGAGAGUCCAAGAUUCAGUGGAGGGAUGUGACUUUGAGGAUGUUGGCUUCGUACUUGGGCGGUACACCAGCGAACUAUGGGUUCUCGGACUUUUACUUCCUCAAAGAAGUCUUUCUUGCGUAUGGUCUACCCCCCAUUGAAGACGACGACUAUCCGCCAUGCGGUGUUGUAGGUCUCAACAAGGGUUGUACAGGGCAAGAAAUCCUGUCAGGAAUGACAAAUUCUUACCCGCAGACUGCCCCCAACGAGAGACCAGCGUAUUCCAAUAUGGCCUUUGUCCUCCUCGGCAUGGCUCUUGAGAAGUAUACCGGCAAGACCUAUGCACAGUUACUCAGAGAAAUGGUUUCAGGUCCCCUGGAUAUGAAUAACACUUUUCCUUCGCCUGGCGAUGAUGAUAGAGCGGUAAUACCGCCUGGGGAUAGCAGCUGGGGCUCGAAUUACAAAUUAAACACUCCUGCAGGAGGAUUGUUAUCUUCCCUCUCUGAUCUCUCCAGGUUCUCGUAUGCCCUGCUCUCAAACACCUUGAACAUGACUUCGCCCGAGAUCAACGGCUGGCUCAAGCCCAGUGCCUUUGCAGGCAAUGCAUACACAUUGACUGGUAUGCCUUGGGAAAUACUGCGUCUUUCAAACCUCACACCAGACCAUCCUCAUGCUGUGACUGUCUAUGGUAAGAGUGGCGGUGCGCAGAACUACAGAAGUCAACUGAGCUUCAUCGAUGAGUAUGGUCUGGCGAUCAUCAUCUUGACUGCCGGUCCGAUGAAGGCAGCGCCUAUUCUCACGAAUACUAUCCUCUCUACCUUCGUUGACGCUGCUGAUAAAGCGUCGCGUGAGCAGGCAAAGAGAUAUGAGCAGAGAUACAUGAGCGAUCACGAGGAUGAUGUUCCAAUUGAGGCAGCAAUGGAGCAGGACGAGGACUCAUUGAUCCUGGCGUCACUACGUCGCAACGACACCGAUAUCCUCUCAAGUCUCACAGAUGUCUGGGGCCUUACACUAGGCGACUUUCUCCCAGAAGUUGGACCCAAGAUCAGAGUGUUUCCCAGUCAACUUCGUGAGAAUGCGACAUUAGAUGGGAAACCUGUUGUGAAAGAGGUAUGGCAUUUGUGGCCGGACCUCAAAUCUGGAUUCGAAACUGAUCUUCCUGGGAACGAGAUUGAAGAGUUGAAUUGUGUCGGGUGGUCGAUUCAAGAUUGGGUUCAUUAUGGUGGUGAGCCUCUGGAUAGAGUGUUGCUUUACGUUGGUGAAGAUGGAGGCGUGAGAGGGUUCGAGGUGCCAUUCUUGCGAUCAGGAAUUCUGUAUCCAGCCAAAUAG